UACAACUUUUGAUACAAGCACACAGGAAAAACUAGCAUCGAUUUGAAAAUAAACUAUUACUAACACCGAGUGAUGACUAUAGGUCAUCACAGUCUAUUUGUCGCUUUUCCUUGGUUUGACCGUCAGUGAAAGGUGGAAGUGAUGCAAUGUGUCGAUGCACCUGUAACUCCCCUCCCCUCCUUGGACAGCGCACACAUCAACCUGGUAGUAGGCUAGGAGCAGCGGGACGCGCGAGCCACUGGGUGGAGCAGGCAGCGUCGCGUGCUGCGGAACACAUUCGGUAGGUUGUUAACCGCGCCGCGCGCGGUCUGGAUGCAGAUGCGGGUCGGCGAGCGUAAGCGCGAGGAACAGGGGGGAAAUGGCGAACGGGCGCGGGCAGCGGUGCGCCUCCUGAGGAUACACUAGGCAGAGACACCGGGAGUGGAGGCAGUCAGGCAGGCGGCAGGCAGCUCGAGGACACGCAGUCAGUGGAGGAGAAGAAGAAAGGGGGUGAACCAUGGAGGACUCGGAGCCCGCAGAGGACGGCUUGCUCGCGGGCUUGCGGUGGAACAGGAGCGCACGGGACCAAGCGCAGCUCAAACACAAAAUUCGGGAUCUGCCGGGGCUGCUCAAGCACGGGCUGCACCUGCGGAAAAAGAGCCAAUCACCCGACACUAUCCCUGGACCAAGCACCGGGUCUGCAGUGCACAAGUCUUGCUCCCAGAGUUUUCCAUGUGCCGGUCGAUCUGUGAGGAAUGCCUUCCUCUCUCAUGGACCGUACCCAGCCAAAGAUAAGAUCCACCUGGCCAGAAUCAUACGGCGUAGCUAUGUGGGAGUGGAGCUGGUGCAGUGGCUGUGUGAGCAGUGCGUGUACGUGCGCUGUCGGACUGCUGCUGUGCGUGUCUGGCAGGUGCUGCUGGAGCUGGGAGUCCUGCUGUCUGUGGACCAACGGGUGGUGUUUUCGGACUCUAACACUUACUACCAGUUCAGUUUUGAAGAAUGUGACUCUGCUUCCUGCGAGUUUCGCUCCAAUGAGGGGGAGUGGCCAGAAGCUGUGAAACUCCUCCUACAGCUUGCUCCAUAUGUCCAGUUUCGCUCUGGUGGUGGGGCCAAUAGCCCGUCAGAGGAAGACUCUGAAGGUAACAGGGACAUCUGCAGUGAGAUUCUUCAGAUGAAAGCUCUGGAGAGGCUGACUUCCACGGUGCAAAGUGAGUUGGCAGCUGCUCUCGCUAGAAAGACUCGCAAAGCUCUAUCAGAGCAGGACUCUGACACAACUGAAACAAGCUGCCAGGAAUCCAGCACUCCCAGUGAGGAGAGCAGCCCGCUGGGCGGGAUGUGUGCUCUGCGGGACGGGAACAGAAGUGGCGGCAGCGGCGGGAUGGGGACCGUUUGCGGCCGAGAGGAGCUCACCAGUCGGUUGGGUCUGGAGGCCGUCCAGCGGCUGGCAAAAGAUGGCUGCCGCCUGCUGCAGAACCACAACUACCGUCUACCUGACAGGAACCAAGCGGAAGCAGUGGGGAAGGUUUGUCUGAAGGAGAGAGGACGGGACGUGUUGGUGUUGCGGAGAGUAACGUCAUCAGUGACGUCGCCGUCCGACCGGCCCUCACCUACAUCGUCGGGGGGCGUGUCCAGAGAGGACGACUGCAAUAAGAGGUACGUGGUGGUGUCAGGAACGCCGCUGAAGAUCUUGGAGCAUCUGCUCAGCGACCUCCGACUGGACGAUCAGAGAGGAGCGAUGGAGAACAGAGAGAGCGAAAUGCUGCUGGACGACUUCCUGCUGACCUACCUUGUGUUCAUGUCCACUCACGACCUCUGUCAGGCGCUGCUGGGACAUUAUAGCAGUGUGCGCUGCAGGGGCCAGGAGGAAGGCAAAGACGCCCUCUUUAGGAAACGCAAAGUACUGCGACUCGUGUCCCACUGGAGCAGGCUAUACAAGGACUUCCUCAAAGAAGAGGAGCAUGUCAGGAGCUUCAUGAAGACGCUGUACAGGUACGUUCUAGAGGAUCUGUACGAGUUCCCCUCGCUGGAGAAAGACCUCAAAGAGUUUCAGAAGCUUCUGCGUCGCAGACACACAGUGGACGACUGCCCUCCCAAUCAAAAGAGUAAGCAAACGUACCAGCAGAUGAGCUUAAAGGAGAACAGUUUGCAGCUUCGUAAUUCACCAGUGGACCAGAGAGAGGUGAUAUGUUGCGUAUACGUGAGUCUGGACUCCUACCUAAGUGUCCACACACACCCGGCUCUGGAGGCUCGGGAGCUUCUGCGGAUUCUGGGUCUGAAGCUGGACAGAGCAGAGGAGGACAUGGUGCUGGCCGUGGUGUCGCAUACUGGAGAGCGGAGGGUGUUGCAGCCCAGCGACUGUGUCUAUUCAGAGUCUCUGACCCCACAGGGGAAGCUGGUGGCCUGUCACAGGGACCUCACUGAGAUGUUGCCUCCGCUAACGGACUGCUCUGAGUUGAGUAGGAGGCCUGUUCGUCUCUUAGGCAUCAACACCUGGGAUGUGGCUGCUGCGCUCACACACCUGGACUGGAGUCUCUUUAAAUCCAUCCAUGAGCAAGAGUUGGUGUACUACACUCUGAGUCGCGCUCCUGGCUCCGGCCACACGGCGGCGCUCUCGGUCCUCCUCCAGCGCUGUAACGAGGUCCAGCAGUGGGUCAUGUCCGAGGUGCUCAUGUGUGUGUCGCUUAAUAAGAGAGUGCAGCUGCUAAAGAAGUUCAUCAAGAUCGCAGCUCACUGCAAAGCCCAAAGAAAUCUGAACUCUGCGUUUGCCAUUAUAAUGGGUCUGAACACGGCUGCUGUCAGCAGACUAAACCAGACAUGGGAGAAAUGUCCUGGGAAGUUCAAGAAGUUGUUCUCAGAGUUGGAGCUCAUCACGGAUCCAUCUCUGAACCACAAAGCUUAUAGAGAGGCCUUCAAAAGGAUGAAACCUCCCAAGAUCCCUUUCAUGCCUCUUCUCCUAAAAGAUAUCACUUUCAUCCAUGAAGGAAAUAAGACCUUUCAUGACAACCUGGUUAACUUUGAGAAGCUGCAUAUGAUAGCAGACACGGUGAGGAUGAUUCGCCACUGCCAAAGUGACCAGCCAGGCAACGAGGUGAUCGGAGUGGACAGCGCGGAGGUGAGGGCGAGCGUUCACUACCUGCACAUCAUCGACAAUCAACAGACGCUGUUCGAACUGUCGCACAAGCUGGAGCCGCGCGCUUAAGCAUAAGCGGGAACGGCAGCCUGUGUGACAAGGGGGGUCUUUGUACAGCAAACUGUCACACGGACACUGCAGCAAGAUCACACAACCAGCGAUGCUGUGAGAUGGACACCAGUCUGUCGUCCAACACGGUCCACGUUGGAAAGGCUUUCAUACACUCAACAUUUGCUUGUGAGGGUGUUUUUAACCUCCGCACGCUCCCUGGGAACCUCCUACAGAAACCGAAUCCGUGCAGGAAGAUGGAGAAACUGAGCGAAGCGUCAAGGAGGCUGUGAUUAGUUUGUACAGUACCCGCUGGGCUGAUUAGGCCUUUGUUUUCUUCUCAUCAUCAGUUGGUUAUUUUUCCUGUUCAUCAGGUGGAAUAUUCCUUUAUUUUUGUAAAUCUCGCUGCUCCCAUUGAACAUCAACAAAGACUUGAUCACCAUGUCUUCAUUUCAAACCCAAAAGCAUUAAGAUUUUCAUUUAAAACAAAAAAAAAAAGAAGCUUAAUGUGCAGCAUCAUAGACUGUCCUUUAUGAUUUCUGUUGCAUAACUCACCCUUAUUUUCAUAGACAUGCUAUUUAGUUUUGAAACCUUUUUAGUUAUUGUGCAGGAAUUACUAAAGCCAAUCAUCCUCUCACCUCUAUGAUGUUUUAUUGUGAAUAGAAACGAUCAGUUAGCUUUGUACAUACGGUGGACCCGACGGUUUUCAGUGCCAAGCGUUUCUGUUGAGCGCUGCAGGCCGGCUGCGCUGCAGCUCUCCUGUUUUGCUCGCCCCGUUACAAGCAUGACGUCCGCUCCUGGGAUCAUGUGAAGGCAACCUGACUCCUCGCAGAGAUGCUUUCUGUCGAGAAGUGCUAUUGAACCUGGUCUCUAUGAAAACGGUCCUAGCAGAGAUCAGUGUUUCUUUUUAUAUAUAUAUAUCUUUAAGGUUUAUUGUGUCCAUGUCUUUUAUUCACAGUGCAGCACAACAGAACAGCUUUGAUCCACUGAUUCACUUUCAUAGGAAGAAGACGGAUAAUUAAUACCUACUGGCUGAAAAUAAUGUUUUGUUUCGAAACAAUCUCAUUUAUACUGUGAGAACUAAUUCAGGAUGCUGACAGAUUAAUGGAACCAAAGGAAAUGGCUUUGAGAUUUUUUCUUUCGUGUUGUUUUUUUUUUUUCCCAAGUCACUGUGGGGGAAAGCCUGGCUAGAUAAGAAAAAUUUCUAUUUUAUGCCCGCACACAAAUCCAGCACGAAAGCAGAAGGCUAUUGUCUGAUAUACUGAUGCUUACAAAUCAACAAAUCCUUCGUGUUGCUCAUUGGUUAUUUUAGUACAUUUCUGUAAAUGCCUUUUUGUUUUCCCCCCUUUCCUUGUCACUCCCUUGCAAUAGUGCAGCUGUGAUAUUCUAAAUGUUAACUCAGAUAAGCAUUUGCUGCCUUUUUUAGACUUUCCUAAGGUUUAAAUUAGGAAUAAAGUGCAAUACUGUGAAGAUUCACUUACAAGUGUUUAUUUGGAUUUCAAAGAAAGAGCUUUUUUUUUUUUAAUGGUUGUUACAUCAAUAGGAGACAUUUACCACAAACUGUGCCAAAUGUGUUCAGCAUUCAUGGUGUGAAGAAAUAUUUCAAAAUGAAAAGUUCUCAGUCUGACUGUCACCAUUAUGAUUUGGAUCCAUUUGGAAGCAUUGUUGAGAGCUUUAAACACUUUAUCUUAUACAGGAUUAGAGCCCAUAAAAGUGACAGAUGUUCAGGUGUUUACUGUUUAAGAAGUUUUACUUUUGGAAACUGAAACUAUUCCGGUGAAUCUGCUGGUUUGUAUUUGUUCUUUUAGAAGUUGGUCAGGAUAACAGCAAAAAAAUAAAUAAAUAAAAAUGUUACAGUCUUAAAUUCAGCAUAGUUAUACCAGCAACCUCUUAGUCUACUAAGAUAAAACAAUUUGAGAUGUCAACUUUUUUAUAUGAUAAUCACAAUUAAAUCUUCUUUAACAAUAUUACAGCUUUGUUGUAAAAAAUGCUCUCACAGCGAAUAGUCGCUAAGGUUUAUUCAUCAGAUUGCACAUCUGUUUUGAGUUCAAAGUAACAUUGAAAUGUUUUCUUUUUGGUUAGCGUAGAGUUGUGCAUGAUGUACAUACAGACGCCCUUUGCUGAUCACGUGUAAAGAAGUUAAGUUGGUUAUUUAUUAAAAACAUGUGUUUAUUUAUACUGACUAAACGUCUUUGGUUUUUGUGCCAUCCACAGUUUCUUUGAGGAGAGCAGGUGUGAAGCAUCCGGGGUCAAAUACGUUUUGUGCUGUAAUGUAGCCACUAGAGGGCAGCAGAAGUGCAAUAAGUCUGUCAAACGUUGAACGGACAGCAAUACAACAGGAGGCUGUAUUCAGUGUUUUAUUAGCCGCUGUUAUAGAAGUGUACAGUUCUGGGGUUUUUUAAAGUUGUUGUUCAAAACAUGUUUGCAUGAUAAAAAAAAACAACACAAAAUUCACAGUGUAAGAGUUUAAGGAAAAGACUUUGUACAAUUGUAAUAUUGUUUAUGUGUAAAUAUGCCCUAUGUUUGGUAUGUUAUUUAUCAGUUGUAAAAUGGAAAAGAAGUGAAUCACAAAGCAA